AUGGCAUUCUUUGCUCAACGUCGCUUGCUGAUGACUGCAGGAGGUGUCCUAGCUGCUGGAAGUAUGGUUGCCACGGGGUUUCUUCAUGGUCAAAAUUUACAAGCUGCGAAAAUUCGAAAAGUUUCUCCCUCGUUGGACUACCCAGAUCUUCGAGAACACAAUAACCUCAUGGCCAAACAUUUGACUCCAAGGAUCUACUCCAAACUUCGCGAUAUGUCCACAAAAUCUGGAUUCUCCUUGGAUAAAGCUAUCCAGACUGGAGUAGAUAACCCAGGACAUCCAUUUAUCUCAACUGUUGGUAUUGUCGCCGGAGAUGAAGAGAGCUACGAAGUAUUUGCUGAUUUAUUCGAUCCCAUUAUUGAGGAAAGACACAAUGGUUUCAAGAAAACCGAUACACACAAGACAGAUUUGGAUUAUCAUAAGUUGAAAGGCGGAAUUUUGGAUGACAAAUAUGUGUUAUCUUCACGCGUGCGCACUGGACGUUCAAUCCGGGGAUUUUCUUUACCACCUCACUGUUCACGUGGUGAACGAAGGGAAGUUGAGAGAAUUGUGAAUGAUGCAUUGGAAGGAUUGAAAGGUUAG